AUGAUUAAAUUCUCUUCGCAGUUGGUCCUUGCCCUCUUCGUGGCCUUUGCUGCUGCCAACGACAGUGAUGUCCAUGCCGAAAUCAAGUCAUUGAAAUCCGAUGUACGUCCCGAUGGCUUUGACAUUGCCUUGGAAACUUCGAACGGCAUUCACGAACAGGCUUCCGGUGAUGUACAUGGUAAUAUCCACGGCUCCUAUGAAUAUGUCUCACCCGAAGGUGAACACGUUCAAGUCUCGUAUACCGCUGAUGAAACUGGUUAUCAUCCAGCCAGUGAACUCUUGCCAACACCACCACCAAUUCCAGAAGCCAUCCUUAAGGCCAUCGAAUACAUUAAGGCUCAUCCACCAAAGGAAGACCAUUAA